AUGGCUUCUCUCGUUCCGCCGACAAAUUCCCCCAAGGGCUUCGACCUGUACUCCCGCUUUGCCCUCGCUGGAGCUCUGGGGUGCUCCAUCACCCAUGGCGCUUUUACCCCUGUGGAUGUCGUGAAGACGAAGAUCCAACUGGAUCCGAUAACGUACAAUAGAGGCAUGAUAGGCGGCUUCCGCCAAGUGCUCUCCCAAGAAGGCGCUCGCACACUCCUAACAGGCCUCGGCCCAACCUUCACCGGCUACUUCAUACAGGGCGCGUUCAAGUUCGGCGGCUAUGAGUUCUUCAAGCAGCAGUCUAUAAACGUCAUCGGCAUCGAGUCUGCAAGACGCAAUCGAACAGCAGUCUACUCGGUGUCAUCCGCGUCUGCAGAGUUCUUCGCCUCAAUAGCGCUCUGUCCGUUGGAAGCUACGCGGAUCCGACUUGUCUCGACGCCUGGAUUCGCGAACGGGCUGAUAGGAGGCUUCAGUAAGAUCCUGAAGAACGAAGGCGUUGGCGCAUUCUACUCCGGCUUCGGACCGAUUCUCUUCAAGCAAGUCCCAUACACCGUGACGAAGUUUGUCGCUUUCGAGAAGAUCGCAGAGUUCUUCAAGGCUCGCGUGAAUACAGACAAACUCAUCGGUGGUGACACCACGCUCAAUCUUGGAUCUGGUCUGCUCGCGGGGUUUGCCGCGGCGAUUGUCUCCCAGCCUGCUGAUACCAUGCUUUCUAAGAUCAAUAAGACCAAGGGACUGCCUGGCGAGAGUACUCUUGCACGGCUCAUGAAGAUUGCGGGAGAGCUUGGUUUGCGGGGCUCGUUUGCUGGGCUGCCGACGCGGUUGUUUAUGGUGGGUGGUUUGACGGCGGGCCAGUUUGCUAUAUAUGGUGAUAUCAAGAAGGCUUUGGGUGCUUCCAACGGGGUAGAGAUUGCCAAAUAGGGGAUGUUAACAAGUACUGCUGAGAUAAUAAAAUGUAGCAUAUGGUUGGUUCUUUUGUCCCGUAGACUUUAUAGAUAGAUUGCAACUCAGGUAUCAUGGUCCUAUAGUCUUGGACGGGUGUAAUUCCGCCGAAGUCUGAUUCUUCGCUGUGGACAGGGGCAAAUGACCCAUGACGCUUUUGUCUAUUUUGCUUGUUCAAAAAUGUCGUGGACAAAGUGUUGAUUUAAGGCUGGGCCUACUAUUCUAACACUCCAGGCAGUCUAACC